AUGGAGCACACGGGCAUUGAAGAGGUGAACCAGACGCACCAGCAGCAUGAGCCCAUCAGCUUCGGCAUCGAUCAGAUUCUAAACAACACGGAGCAGCCGAGCAGCUGCAUGGUGCCCAGCCGUACGGCCGAUCCGGACUACCAACUAGCGCCCAACGUGUACGCCAACGGCUACGGCGGCGUGUACAGCCCGGCCUGCUCCAUGGCGCCCGGCUUGGCUGGUUCCUACAACGUAAACAUGAACAUGAACGUGAGCAUGAACAUGAACGUGAACGUAAGCUCAGGGAAUGCCGGGGGUGUCAUUCGGGUACCAGCUCACAGACCUAUGCCAGCUGCACCUCACCCGCCUCCCACUGCCCAUCCGCAGGCUUUCGCGGCCGGCCUACCCACCGUACCAACAAUGCCCACCAUGGGCAGCCCGUCUACUUUUACCUUCCCAUGGAUGGAAAGCAGUAGGAGGUUUGCAAAGGACAGACUAACUGCCGCUCUGUCUCCGUUUUCUGUAACGCGGAGGAUCGGACACCCGUAUCAGAACCGCACUCCACCUAAGCGCAAAAAGCCGCGCACCUCGUUCAGCCGCGUGCAGAUCUGCGAGCUGGAGAAGCGCUUCCACCGUCAGAAGUAUCUAGCUUCAGCCGAGCGAGCUACACUUGCAAAAGCCCUCAAAAUGACUGACGCACAGGUUAAAACAUGGUUUCAGAACCGCAGAACCAAAUGGAGGAGACAGACAGCUGAAGAGCGAGAGGCUGAGCGGCAACAGGCGAACCGGUUAAUGCUUCAGCUCCAGCAGGAAGCCUUCCAGAAGACGCUUAGCCAACCCCUCCAGCAAGACCCUCUCUGCCUUCACAACUCAUCCCUGUAUGCUCUGCAGAACCUCCAGCCCUGGGCCGAAGACAACAAGCUGCCCGUAUAACAGAGGGCGGCACCCUGUUGUCUCUUCCAACCCAAAACCACGGAUGAAUUUCGCCCAUCAGGACGGCUGUUUGUCUACGUGCCACCUGGCAUCAGCGAGGCUGAAUCAACCACUGACUGACUCGUUUGUUCUUGUUGUUUUGAUUUGAACUCCGUAAGAUGUGUUUGUGCUGCAUGUUCACCACGUCUCCUGUGUGUAGACAGGAACUGAAGACUUGGUCACUUUGUCUAACUGGAGCUCUUCACCUGAACUUUGCAAGCAAUUACGGAAAUGCUCCCUAUGUACACAUGACAUUGAAAAUUGUUUUAUAUUAAACAUGAUUGUGACUUCUAAAA